AUGGCUGGCUUUUCCUACCACCAACAAUCACAAUCUGCACAACCAUCCUUUUGCUUUCGCUACCGUGAUGAUCCACACCAACAAACCCUUUGCACCCAGGUGGCUAAGGCAGCCACAGCUGUCACCACCGGUGGCUCCCUCCUUGUCCUUGCUGCCUUAAUCUUGACCGGCACAGUCAUUUCUCUUACAGUUGUUACUCCACUAUUUGUCAUUUUCAGUCCUGUUUUGGUUCCUGCAGUCAUCGCAGUUGCCCUCCUGAACCUUGGAUUCUUGGUCUCAGGUGGGUUUGGUGUGAUGGCUAUCACUGUGUUGGCAUGGAUAUAUGGAUAUGUGACUGGGAAGCACACAUCUGGUGCUGAUCAAUUGGACAGUGCUCGUCACAUGCUCUUGAACAAAGCACGAGAGAUCAAGGACUAUGGACUAACCCAGCAAAUCAGUGGUGGAGCUCAGACUUAUUAAUGAAUGAAUGAACAAAUCAGUGGUGGAGCUCAGACUUAUUAAUAAAUGAAUGAACAAAGUUAA